CUCCCACAGAGAAGACGACGACCCUCCUCCAUUAAAGUUCGGUCCUUUUGGCUCUAUUCCACUCUCACCAACGCAAACCACCCCUUUCGAGCCCUAAUUUACUCUCAGAGGAACAAUGUUGUAGGUGAUCGUAACAAAUUGGAUGCGAGGCCUGAAGCUUCUGUAUUCUCUAAGGGAAGUGAGGGAUCUGUCUCUGUGGUAAACAGUAUUGGUUCUCCUUUUUCACCAUUAGAAUCUAGUAGAUGGCCAUCCACUAGCAAGCAGCCCCGUCAACUUUCAAACAGGCGCUCAUUCAUUUCGAAACCCAUAUAUCCACUUAUUUUCCAGAAUCCUGUUUCAGAUGCGGAUAUUUCUGGAAUAGCCGAAGAAAGCCCUAGUGGUGCAAAAAUGCCUCAGGAAGAUAAUGUGACUUCUCCCUUGUGGACUGAGAGAACAUUGAGUCCUGAGCUUAAGUUCCACAGAGCCCUAACUGAACUCCGGAAGAUGGAAGCUUCUCCAGAUCUCAGCAUGAGUUCAAGGAGGGAAGGAUUUAGAUGGAGUAAUGCAAGUAGCUACGAUUUUAGGUUUGAUGGAGAUUCUGCAGAAAUCAGAGACAAUAUCGAUGUAGAGAACCAGAGAUGCCCCAUUAACACAGCAGCAUACCAGAAAUGUGAACUUUGCAAGAGGUCAUUGCACCAGAAGUCUCCUUGGAGUUCUAACCGGAUCAUUAGAAGUGGUGAUAUGCCCGUCACUGGCAUACUCCCAUGCCACCAUGUUUUCCAUGCAGAUUGUUUGGAAGAGAUCACUCCAAAGAGUCAAAUCCAUGAACCGUCCUGCCCAGUGUGUCUGAAAGCCAUUGGACAAGAAAAACCAACAUCAUUCUCAGAACCUCUCCAUGCGGCCCUAAAGUCUGCUAGCAAUGAUCAAGGCAUGGGAGUAUCCAGUGGAGCAGGUACCAGCAGUAACCUGAUCUCACAUCAGAUCGAGGAGGAAAUGAAACGAAUCAACUCACUUGCCAUGCCUCAACAUAGGGGCUCAUCUAUGAAGAACCGCAUCAAAAAGCAUUUUUCUUUCAAGAGCAAGACAGAAAAGGUACUCCCAGGGGCCAAGAUGUUUAGGAGAGGCAAUUGACAUUAUCACUCAGAAAAUUAUGAGAACACAUACUGCAAUAUCGAUCAUGGAUUUCCAGGUUGGUGUCCCCUACUGCAUGCUCCACCUUGUUGUCCCUGCCCAUUAUGAGGGUUAUACUUUCAGUUUCCGAAAAAUUAGGAAUAUUAUUACAAAGAACAAAAUAGGCCAUGCCACCUUUAAAUAUGCUGGCACUGCAAUGGAUAAUUUUUUGUACUUAUAGUUCAAUCUUGAAUACCUCCGCUGAUAUAAUGUUAUGUGACCAUAAUUUGUUGUAUUAUCUGAAUAAUUACACGAACCAGAAAAAGUGGUAGAUAUAUUUGAAUUUGACACUUGAUGAUUA